UAUCACCUUGAAUUUGAGUAAUAUAACAGAAAAAAUAAAAAAAUUACACCCCUAGAAAUUCAGUCAAACAUCGAAAUUGCCCAAUAAGUUUCCUAGACGGAUUUUUAUUUUCGUUGGUAAUCAUGUCGACAUCUGUUUUUAAAAGGACACAGUUUGAUUAUUUUCUAUAACUCAUGCUUUCUUUCUUUGAUCCAUAAAAAGCCGGAGAAGUGAUUGAAAUCAAAUCAGAUACGGGUGAAAAUGAAGAUUGAUCUGAACAAGGUGGCUCGUAAGAUCGAGGUCAAUAACCAUAUUUCUCUCGUAACUACUACCGCAUCGCCGAUAAUCUUCUCCGUCAGGCCAGCAUAUAUCGAGAAGAGAAGAAUGUUGUUGAUUUGUAUAUCAUGCUUCUUAGAUAUUCAAGAUUACCAGGCAUCACUUUCACAAGCAAGACUUGGGAGUAGGAAGAGGUUGCGGUCUGUAAUCAAUGAGCUCGAGUCUCUUAAACCGGAAUUUGACCGGCAAGUGGAUGAGCUGAACCGAGAAGACGAUGAAUUGCAUCGGGUUGGAAGUGAUUUCCCUGUCGUAUCAUAUAGUUCAGAUUCUGUUGAAUGGCCUCCUGUCCACAGAGAUCCAUGCUCUAGACCUGAUGUUAAGAAGACAACAUCUCAACCAUCCUCGACGUAUAACAAUAGUCUGACUUCAUCUUCAAAUCGUACACCGAUUGAUCAGCAAUUCCAGAAGUUAUCUUCUGAUUUUCUGCCUCCAAACCAAGCAACCUUGUCUAGACAUUCAUUUCUAGGUCCAAAUGGUCUUAAAAGUCAAUGGGUAGCACCAAGUCGGAUAAAAGUUCAGUAUCCGAGUAAAUACCGAUUGGGGUUCUACUGAAAAUUCAGGGUAAAUACUAAUCUUGUGUUACCUUUUAAGAAUUUCGUUAUAGAAGUCAUGGCUAUUUUGAACAUGUCCACAUAUAUCUACAGUUUGAUUGAUGCUGGAUCUGACAUUUCCUCAACAUCACUAUAUAGUGAUUCUCAAACGUUGAACUCUGUGCUCUCCUAAGAUGAUGGUCGAUGGCAGCGACAUUUUGAGGCGGUUACUUCCCAGUUUUUCAGUGACGCAACUGAAGACCCCUUUCAGUUUGUGGGUAUGAAGCAACCUACCCCACCUGUAACACCCCCGAACCGUCCUAGACAUAUGGUCGAUCAACCGGCCAACAAUCAAACAAGAACAUGACCGAUCGACUGUCCAACAUCCAGAAUUGGAGAUGAUUGAGCCAACCGGCCAGCCAACAAUCAAACAAGAACAUGACUGACCGUCCAACCCAACACCAUGGUCCGGAAGCGCUACGUGACGGGCUAGGGACGAUCCGGUCAAAGUCACAAAAUUUACUUCACGACUUAGCCAAUUCAUCCACUAACUCAUCCCGCUGUGUCAAGGCACAAGGCUUUGCAACCCGUACCUAGGGUUAGCGUUUUCCGUUAGAUCGAGACCUAAGACUUUUUAACCCGUACUACGACCUAACAUUGUGUUAGACCGGACUAGUCAAAUAUCAGAGUACUCAUGAAUCGCAUAUAAAACAAAUACUUUUAUUGAUUUAGGAAAUAUUCAUACAAUGAAUAAUUCAAGACUGGGCCCGGCCUAAUGCCAAAUCGAGUCAACAUAACACAAUUCACAAUGCCGUUUACAAAAAGCAUGAAAAUCUACACCGGCGGUCCUAAUGUCCAGCUCCAAGCUACCGAUCAUCCUUACCUAAAGCGACCUGCAGAAAGGACAACGAAGUUGGAUGAGUAAUCUAGUAUUACUCAGUAAGCUGGCGGCCACUACCCGCAACGUAGACUCUAACCCAGACAACCCAAAAUAACAAUCAAUCUAGCCCUAGCACAAUAAAAGCUAAGGCUAAGCAAACCGUUACAAAGUUAGAUUUGGCCUCCUGCCAUGAUCUAGCUUCAAGUAACGGGAACAUGCAUUAAAACAAGUCAACAACCAAUCCCUAGUUAACCAUAUAUACGCCUGAGUUUUGUACUCAUGUAGUGUUAGACACUUAGACUAUACAAGUAUCAUUAGCCGAUCGACCAGCAAUCAAACAAGAACAUGAUCGGUCAACCAAUGAUACCGCAUAGCUUUAAUAUCCACCACCCUUUACAAGCAAUCCCUCAAACACAUACAAGCCAACAUCAGGUCUACACUAACCAAAUACACACCAAGCCUAAUCCGGUACCUAAACCAGACUUAGGACUUAAUGUCAGAACCUGCAAACAAAUCAAUCAACAACCAAACACAAUCAUAAUAAUAAGAUACUAUGAGUAACUACGACUCGAUCUAUCUCCUAACACCGUAUAUCGAUGCUACAUUACUCAAGGGUUCCAUAACCCUCUACGACACACUAACACAA